GGAGAUGUCUGCCCAGAGUUAAUUUCUAACAGAACCUCCCAGCAAUCUGCAUCUAAUUCUGAUUACACCUGGGAAUCAUGAGUAUUACGAGAUCGGACAGUUUCCUUGAAGGACUGAAGGCUCAUAAAUAUUCCAUUGUGAUUGGAUUCUGGGUUGGUCUCGCUGUCUUCGUGAUCUUUAUGUUUUUUGUGCUGACCUUGCUGACCAAGACAGGAGCCCCACACCAAGACAAUGCAGAGUCUUCAGAGAAGAGAUUCAGAAUGAACAGCUUUGUGUCAGACUUUGGAAGACCUCUGGAACCAGAUAAGGUGUUUUCUCGCCAGGGCAACGAGGAGUCCAGGUCUCUCUUUCACUGCUACAUCAAUGAAGUGGAACACUUGGACAGGGCCAGAGCUUCUCACCAGACCACAGGCCUCGGCAGUGACGUCCAACUCCAGGAAGCCAUGGGAAGCAGCGGGCAGCCGGAGGAGGAGCUGAACAGGCUCAUGAAGUUUGACAUCCCCAACUUUGUGAAUACGGACCAGAACUCCUCCUUUGGGGAGGAUGAUCUUCUGAUUUCGGAACCACCUAUUGUUCUCGAAAAUAAGCCACUUUCCCAGACGUCACACAAAGACCUAGAUUGAGAAACAUGCUCUGAAAAGUGUCUACCUAAAGAUGUGGAUUCUGUUUGGGUACAGCAUGAAAUUCCCAUCCACCAAAAUUGUGGGGGUGGGGGAGGGAAUGAGAGACAGAGAGACACAGAGAGAGGUAGAGACAGAGAGAACAUAGAGACAGGGAGACAGAGAAGACAGCCCCCUUAGAAGAGAGCUGAUUAAGCCAAGUGUUUUUUUGUUGCUUUUUAACACAUUUGAGGCUUUGAGGGGAUUCAUAUUUAUACUGUCUCAUCUUCCUCGUUGAAAAACUUGGCCAAAUAGUCAAUGUCAGCAUUCUCGAGUGAGGGUCGGCCUCCUGUGCCCUGAUCUGGCCCUGCUGCCUGCGUGCUCUGCCUUGUGCAAGUUGCUCUCCCUCCCUGGCUGCCACCUUUUUAACUGUAAAGUGAUGUGUCUGGAGAGAUGCAUCCAGCUCUAACAUUUUGUAAAUUUAUGACUUUGCAUCCAAAUGAGGCUGAGACAUACAUAAAGCAGCAUAAACGAGGGCACUGCCUCCUAGCUCUUGUUGUAGGCUCUUUCCGAUCUCAGCACCUUACUCUUCACCCUUAACUGAACCAAGCUUUAGUCAGGGGGAAUGGGGUAUCUACCAGGAUGUCAGGAAACUCACCUUACAUAGUCACAGUGGCCAGCAUUUCUGCUGGGUCAUGCUGAAACAGCUCUUCGGAGGACCUGCAACCCCCCAUGCUCAAACCUGGGGACAGCCCUGCCCCACCUGAGAAUGAGUCCCCAUCCACGUAGAUCGCAUGGCACUCCCACCCCCAAGAUACGUUAGGAAGGUUGUCAGCUGAGUGAGGGGAGGUGCCUUCUGUGUAUCUCUGGGUUGGUGUUUCUGUGGUCACACUGCUGUGCCACUGGCUACAGAAUACAAGCAUAAGCUACUACGUAUAAAUACAGUUGUCCCUUGGUAUAUGUGGGGCGUUGGUUCCGGGACCACCACCCAAAUAUACCAAAAUCCUUGCACCCUCAAGUCCCGAAGUUGGUCAUGUGGAACCUGCAUGCAUGAAAAGUUGGCCCUUCAUAUAUAUAGGUUUUGCGUCCCAGGAAUACUGUAUUUUAGAUCCAUGUUUCUUUGAAAAAAAAAAUCUGUUUAUAAGUGGACCUGCCUAGUUCAAACCCAUACUGUUUGAGGGUCAACAGUAUUCCCACUCAAACAGGAGAAAAUGGAAGACAAAAAGAGUCAGCAGUCCCAGGAAAUUACAAAAUUCAGCUGGGAAAACUAUUAGGUUGCAAGGCCUGCAAAUACUCUUCUGCGACUCAUGGCUCUGCUAGCACAGGCAGGAAGGGAGACACGGUAGAGGAAGUACAGAGUGGCCCCAGGAGCAGAAGGGAUUCUGGGUAAGGGAACACACUGCAAGAUAUGGGUCGCUAUCAGUGUCACAGAAUGUUAGCGUAGGAAAAGGGAAACCUGAGCAGAGAAAAUAGGAAAGGAAGCAAGAAGCAAAGUAAACCAAUGGGUGCCGAGUAAGAGAACGCACUGCAACAGUAGCAAGAUAAAGGGCAGUUACAACUGUCACAAGAAACAUAGCAGGAAGGACACAGGGCACAUUGCACAUUACAGCAUGCCCUCCCCCCAUGGGCUUUGGACCCCAUAACACAUCCCAGCCUAACCAUGUAAGGUGAAAAACUGCUCCCUGCACCCUUCAAUGGCUGGAAAAUGACAACAUUCCCCUUGAUU